GAGAAGAAGAUUUACCCGGAAGCAGGACUGUCACUUUUGUAAUUGUUCAAAAAUGGAAUAGGAAUACUUCGUGUCUUCAUAAGGAGACAUAAUUUAUGUUCAGUUAAUUAAGCUUCCUCUUUACGAGCGACAUGGAGACAGUCGAACAAAGUUCCACACCUGAACUUUCCGCUGCGAUGCGGGCAAAAAUCGAAAGAAACCGACAGCGGGCGUUGAUGCUCCGACAAGCCCGAAUAGCAAGCCGUCCUCUGGCCGCAGUCCAGGGCGCCACUUCGGCCAAAGUUUGCAAAACCAUCGACUCUGGUGCGGGCUUUUUCAUCGAGGAAGAGGACGGUGGUGAAGAAGAGCAAAAGACCAAUAAGGUUGUGCACCAGCCUGCCCCGGUCAUAGAGCCAGACUAUCUUGUGUGUGAUGACUGUCAAAAGCCCUUUAUGGACUCCUACCUUAGCAACAGCUUUGACCUGUCUGUGUGUGACAAAUGCAGAGACAAUGAUGUGAAGCAUAAAUUGAUCUCCCGGACUGAGGCAAAGCAGCACUACCUUCUGAAGGACUGUGACAUAGACAAGCGAGAGCCGUCACUCCGAUUUAUACUGAAGAAAAACCCUCACAAUCCACACUGGGGGGACAUGAAGCUCUACCUUAAACUACAGGUAGAAAAGCGAUGCAUGGAGGUGUGGGGUUCUGAGGCAGCUUUGGAGGAAGCCAAGGAGAUGAGGGAAGACAACAGAGAAGUGCAGAAACAAAAACGGUUCAACAAGAAAGUAAAAGAGCUGCGGAGAGCAGUGAGGAGCAGCAUGUGGACCAAAGAUACCAGCGCCCACCAACAUCAGUAUGGACCAGAGAUGGUGGUAGAUCUGGAGGAGGAUCUCUACAAGAAAACCUGCUCCACCUGUGGACAUGAACUCACCUAUGAGAAGAUGUAAAACGGACAUACCAGGUUUGAUACCACUUAGUUUUUCCACAUCUCAAACCAUUCAGGUCUGAAUAAAUCCAAUGGAUUUAGUCAAUGGACAAGGUCAAGUAUUGAAAGUAGGUAUUUAAAAACUUCCAAAACUGGCAACUUUAUCAACAAUUCAUAUUUGGUUUACCUGCACUAGAUUGCUGUAAAUAAUUAACCUGGUAUUUUUCUGCAGAACAUAAUGCGGUUAUAAGAAUGGUUAAUCCAUCCAUUUUCUACCUCUUGUCCCUUUUAGCAUAGCUAGGUAAUCAAGAGCUGAUAAUGAUUUAUGGUCACAUUUCAUGUGCUUUUGAGCUGUAGCCAUGCUACGUUUAACUUAAGUUAAACUAAAAAUUACCAAGAUGACAGAUUUUCUGUUGGGUAAAUUGGAUUUGUCAAUUGUAGUUAAAGAUGAAUCAAUUUCUUACACAUUAGUUUGGUAUGAAAAUAGUUUUUAUUUUAAAAAUCAAAUCUUUUGUGAGUUUUGGCGCCAUUAAAUACCAAUGCAUCUUCAGUGGCAUCAGCUUUCAUCUCUUCGAUCUCACCCUGUGGAGAACAAAUUAGAUGGGAAUGUUGUAAAUAUGAAUAUAGCAGUUUGUAAAACAAAAAAAUUAUUGUAUGGUGCUAUUAUACAAUACUGUCACAACUGAUGAAUAAAGUGUCAAAUAUUUCAAACUGUCUAAAUCUAAACUUUGAUAUGUAUGACUAGGGAGCAUCUGUUAAGUAUGCAUGAAUACAGUCAAGUCAUAAGUUUAAAAUGUAUACAUGAUCUGCAAUUAUUUGUCCCAAUCCCCAAAACAAGUGACAUGGAGAUUACAUCCAAGCAAUUGAGGUCCGAGUGUACUGCCCUGCUGCAAACACCUCAAGUGCUUUUGCGUUAUGCUGGCAAUAUAAAGAACAUAAGCAAUUGAAAUUAGGCUUAUCACUAUGGCAGAACUCCGGGCAGCCAUCCAAUCACUACAUAAGAUAGUGACUCAAUGGCUUAAAGGAAAUUUAGUCGAACAAACCCUCUCCAUAGUAUUGAUUACAGUCUACAUCAAGUUUACAACUCUGCUCUUAGUAAAGAGUCAUUACUGUAUCAAAUAGCCAUGUGACCACUUACUUCCACAAAAUACUUUUCAAUGAGGUUGUGUGCUGCCUGGUAUACCAUCUCAUUUUCAUGGUUCUGGAGACUUUCAAUGCGGUCCAGUCCCCCCAGCUGUUCAACUAGCAAACUUAGUUUCUCUAUUUCACCAAGCUUCUCUGCUGCCUACAAUGCAUUAAGCGGGAACUUAAAGCCUGGUUCAAAGAGAUCAGUCAGUUUUUAGAUCAAGUGCAGUGCUGCCUCACCAUGUAAAUGUUGGUGAUGGCAUCCAAUAUCACCAGAACAAUUUUGGCGUCCUUUACUUCUAGCAGGUUGACGAUUGCCUCAAGUGCCCCACUAUGCACCAAGUGGACCACCUGCUCCACAGUGCCCCCACUGGUGAUGUUAGUCACUGCCCACACUGCCUCUCGUUGAGUCUUGAAAUCUCCCUUGAGGAAAAAAACUAAAUGUAGUUAACUGCGGCCUGUUUAACCAUUUAUAGGGUAUACUCCGACACUGGAACAAAACUUACAUUUCGAAGUAACUCUACCAGAGGGGUAAUCAGGCCGCAUGUGAUGAGCUGCUGGAUUUGCUUACAUGGCCCGG